AUGACAGAUAAUAAUUAUAGAAGAAUAUAUGACGCUAUUGAAAAAAUUUUACAACUAUCUAGAAGGAAUAUCAUAACCAUUGAAGAAAAUGGGAAUGAUAUAGAAAAUAAAGUAAAUUGGUUUCAAGAUUAUUAUAAUAUGAACAAUGAAAAUGAAAAUAAUGAAGUAUAUAAGAAAAAUGAGGAAGAAGAUAAACUAUCUGAUAUUCCUUUUUGUGAAAAUUAUGGAAUUGAAUGGAGUGUUUUGGAUGAUGAUAAAUUAGGUAAAUAUAGUACAUUAGUAAAAUUAACAGGUCCCUACGAAAACAAAAUUGCUAUCUUUCAAAUUUUAAAAAAAAAUUAUGAAGAAACAUAUAAUUUUUUAGAAAGAUGGGGUGAAAUAAAUUUACAGGGACAACUUUUAUUGUAUAAUGGAAUAUUGACAAAUGGAACUAAAAUAACUCUUCUUAAUUUGUUUUAUUCAAAAUUUUCUGAUGUAGCUGGAUAUCCAUUUUCUGGAAAUUUAUACAAUGAAGAAAUAUCUAGAAAUAAUUUGUUAAAUGGAAUAAAUGGAAAUUAUUUAAAUUGUAAUGAUGUAUAUAAUGUUAAUUCAGAAUUAAAGAUUCAUGAAACAGUAAGGGGAAUAGUAGAAAAAAUUUUUAACACAGAAAAUAUGGCAUCAGUCUUAAGAGAAAUGAAUUGUGAUUUUAAAAAAAUACAGUUAAACUAUUUGUCAAAGGAAGAUGCUUCUUUUGCUUACAAAUGUCUAAGAAAUAUUGAAGAAUUUAUUUUAUCAAGAAAUGAAUAUGGUCUUAAAAAUGCUUGUAAUAUAUACAAUCAAAUCAUUCCACGUUCCAAUGUUGAAGGUGAUUUUUUUAAAGUAAUUGAAACAAUAGAUGAUUUGGAGAAAGAAGAAGAAUUUCUUAAUACAUUAUUGGAAAUUCAAUAUAUAUUAAAAAUUAUUGAGAAUGAGAAACAAAAAGUAGAAUAUAUAAACAAUGAUCCUAUUGAUAUAUUUUAUAAAAAUAUGAAAUGCAAAAUUGAACUUCUUUCAUUAAAUAAUUAUAUGAGAAACAUAAUUAUUGACAUUUUUCAUGAUAUUCAAUUAUCUGUAGAUACUUUUUCUAAAAUUAGGAUUAAAAAUAUUUUUGAAAUAAUAAGAAAACCAGUUAAUAAUGAACAAAUAAUUCAAGUUACACAAAAUAAAAGAAUUCUUUGGUAUGCAUUCAAAAUUACUAACUGGUAUAAUAUUUUUUUCCAAAAUGUAUGCAUUCUUCCUAAGGAUUCUUAUGGAUUUGUAUCAAUGUUAAAGAAUGGUGUUUGUAUUUUUGAUGUUUCUUCAAAAUUAAGUAACGAUUUUUAUGCCACUUCAGGCCAGACAGAAUUUUUUGGAUUAGCAGAAUCAACAAUUGCAAUGACUUUUAAUAAUCCUAAACAAAAUAAUGAAAAUUUAAAGACUUCUGUAAAUGAAGAAGGAGUAGCAUUUUCUGAAGAAUCAAACACUAAUUGUUUAUCUGAUAACUUUGAAGACUUAGAACAAUAUUCUAAUAAAUAUAUUAUUAAUGAUAAAGAACAAAUAUGUAUUCGUUAUCUAAUUGAAAUUGAAAACAUAAAUACAGAGUCAAUGUUACAACUGUGA